AUGUCACUCACCUACCCACCCGAAACAAACAGCGGAACUGUCACAUCCUAUCUCCCCCUAACCACAGCGUGGCCCUCCUCGUCCGGAUGCGCAAGUUACUUCCGCCUCGACCGCCCCACUCUGGUCGCCUGGGACCCAGGGUACGGGCUAGAUGUGAACCACAACAUUGCUUGCGAAGCUCCAGAAGUAACGACGUGGUGGGAGCAAGGCCUUUUGGGAAAUGGAGGCACGCUACCCACGCGGGUCAGUCUGGGCCCCUUUACCUGUCCUGAGGGCUUUGCCACGAUGAAAUCAUCCAUCAAAGAUGCCUACAGCACAUUAGCCAUGUGCUGUCCCUCACAAUACUACGUCGCCGACGAUAACACUGCCCUAAUCGACGGGAGUUGCGAGUCGGAUGUCUCAUCCGGUAUGACCUUGACGUACGCCUCAACGCCAUCAGGCGAAGCCACCAAGUGGAAGAUUGUGACGACCACAUUGACGGGCAGUUGGUAUGUUGGCGUCAUCUCUGUGAUUGGCUGGAAUAUUCAAGAUGCCGUGCCCACGGCCACUGCUACUGCGGCUGCCACGACGACUACGUCCGCGUUUUCCAGUACCAGUCCUGCGACUUUCGCAGCGAGCGAUAGCCCUGCAAGUUCAAGUCCCACGCCGACCUUCCUAUCGGAAACUCGCACUCUUCCUACCGGCGUCAAAGUAGGCAUAGGAGUGGGAGCAAGGUUGGGUUUGAUUGGUGCGAUCGCGCUCUUGGCUGCGUGGUAUAUCCUCCGUCGCCGCAAAAAGCAGCAAUCAAUCUCUGCGUCGGUGUUACCUCCUGGACAGAAUCAAACUUCUGGAGAGUGGCGGACUCAAUGGCCAACUGAGCUUGACAGAGAAGACUUGGCUGUCAGGAAGUAUAGAUAUCCUGCCGAGCUCGACGGAACGAGACAUGUCUCUGUGAAAAGAGACUCCCGAGAUGAUAUGGAGGAUGUGGAUGUGGAUGUGGAUGUGUAUGUGGAUGGGGAUGGGGAUGUGGUGGGCGGUGAGCGGAUAGGUGCUGCGGGGACAACAAGGAACGAUUUCCUCGCGCGCGACAUCUUCCCAACUCCAACAUUCCUUGAGCUGCAACGUUCAUGA